AUGUACGAGGGCAGCAGGCCAAGGCAGGAGCGCUUCACCUCACACCUGCUCCUCACCAACGACGAGAUACGUAUCAAGGAGGCAAAUAUUGAGCAGUUCAGGCGGCAGCGCUACCAGGCGGCCUUUGGUAUCGAAUCCUGGCACGACCACACGUUCUACACGAAGUCGGUCCCGCUCUCCUACCGCGAAGCGGAAGCGCUGAGCAGGUACCACUACUCCCUCAGCCCCAACCGCGUCUCCGAGCCCCUCUCCGACGAGGACAAGAAGCUGGUGAAAGAGCUGGAGGAGCGGCUCGAUGAGGCGAUCAAGGGCGACGGGAGGCUGGCCCACGGGGCGUUCAUCAAGCUCGACACGCGCAGCCCCAAGGACGUGGUAUUGUACGACUUUGAGAACCAGCAGGUGAAGGACCUGGUGAAGGCGGAAUUGGAGGAGCUGUACCGCAACAAGAGGAAGCAGCAAGCCGGUGGCAAGGAAGCGGCCGAAGAGGAUCUCGUCCUUUCUCCUUCGGGCAAGAUUAGUGUGUCGAGAGCGGAGCGCGAUGACAAUGAGGAGACGAGCACCUUCGUGGUGGCGACGAGCCGAGCGAUGAAGAUCACGAGCGGGAGCGAGGCCCUCUACCUGCUGGCCAAGAGCGACCGCAUCAGCGAGGACCUCAACAAGAUCCUGCCCUACGGCGAGCAGCACUUCGACCUCAACCUCAUCCUCCGCGAGUGGCGCGACGAAGUCAUCGAACGACCCCAGUACGAGUUCCGGGCGUUCGUGCACCAAAACCAGCUGAACGCCAUGUCGCAGUACUUCUGCUUUUGUAAAUACGAUGACCUGAUCGCGCGGGAGGAAGAGGUGAAGCGGACCAUCCUCGACUUCCACGAGAGCAUCAAGGACAAGAUCUCUCACUCGAGCUACGUGAUCGACUUCUACCUCACCAGGGACAACCGAGUGCUCAUCAUCGAGCUCAACCCCUUCCACAACGGCGCUGGCGCGGCGCUGUUCAGUUGGGCGAGGGACAGGGAGCGGUUCAUGCACGGCCCGUUCGAGCUGCGCAUCACCAAGGAGCUCAAGGAGAGCCCCAAGGAGAUCCUACCGCCCUUCUGGGUCCGCUUCAUCGACUCCUGCUUCGACCACCCCGACGACGCUCCGGCCACGCCCGCCGCCUCCGCCAAGCAGAACACCGAGAGCAGCUGCGUCCUGUGCUGA